AUGUCCCAACUCAUUUCUCCACGCAUGAACUCGAAGCAAACUGUACCUCCAGUUUCACACAAAGUAUCGUCCCUUGAUCAGUGCUCUAACGCCUGUGAAUUCGGAUGUGAAGAGCAAUCAAAGAAAUGCCUGUGCCUGAGAGGCUACGAGAUGACAGCGGAAGGCUGUCAGGAUAUUGACGAAUGCACAAGCAAGAAACACAACUGUCACGUGCAAUCCAUGUGUAACAACACAAUUGGUGGUUUUAUGUGCACGUGCAAUGAUGGCUAUUGGGGAGACGGGAUCACAUGCAAAGCCUGCAGCACCAAAUCAUGCCCUGAAAAUUUCUACCAGUCGGAAUCAUGUACAAGAACUCAUGACCGAGUUUGCACAGAUAUUUCGAAGCCUUUAACAGUAAGCAAGGCUUUGAGUGAUAAAGACCUUCUUGACGGUAAGAAACCUAAAGUAUAA